AUGGAGAUGGAAACACCACUCACAUGGAUGGAUAAUCCUAUUGAAGUAUAUGGUAAUGAUAGUGUAUGGGUACAUGGCCCCACAGAUGAUCGCUGCCCUGCCAAACCUGAGGAAGAAGGGAUGAUGAUAAAUAUUUCCACUGGUCUGCAGGUGUACCCAACAGCUCCGAAGAGACAGCGACCAUCCAGAACGGGCCAUGAUGAUGAUGGCGGAGAUGUUAGGAAAUUUGGAAAGGAGUGUCCUCAGAUGGAUUUUGUGGCACCCUCUACAUGGAGGAAGGGAGGAGGUCGCAGGCCCGCCAACCCCAUAGACCGAGGGCACAGACCUUUGGGGGGAGAGGGCGGGCAGCGGGGACACUCACCCCUUAGCAGCUCCCUGGGUGACAGCCACGGCCCAGCAAAUCUGAAACACUGGCUGGGUCCUUACUGCGCCAACUGCCAGUUGCAACCACGGUCAACGGCUCUGUGUCCCUCGCAGGGCGAAACGGCCUUUCCUGGGCGCUGGAAAGAGGAGGCCAGAAGGGACGGAUUUGUAAAGCAGGGUCGUGCAGAGGCUCCUAAAAUGCCAGCGUCGGGAGCGAACGAGGGGAGGAGCUCCUUUUCCAAAGGGGAGGCAUCGGCCUCUGCAGCGCAAGUUGACAAACCCUGGGAGCGGCGCCUCCAGCUGCAGCCACAACCUGAAACUCUCUCCACAGGUCGCAAACUGGGAAGCCACUGGCCCCGCGGAGCUGCCCUGGCCGCGCUGCCCCCGCCGAGGCCGCAGCUUCGCUCACCUGCCGGGAGCCCGCGGGGCCGAGCGCCCGCUGCAAGGACACACGGGCAGGUCCCUCAGGAUCCCCUCUCCUGGGGCUCGGGGACCUGCAGACCCCGCAGCCAGCGGCCCCUGCUCACUCCGCCCACCAGCGCCGGCUCUACGUUGCAGCAGGUCUCCCGGGGGGCAGCGAGAACUUUCAAGGUCCAGCUCCCUCUCCCCGCCCUGCGCCGCCCUCCCCUCCCCUCCCCUCUGGAGUAGGGACCCUUUCAACCCCGACACUUCCAGCGGUCCCGAGGCUGCCCUGGGUGUUGAGGAUGAGCCUGCCGUAGGGCAGACACCUGCUGUUUCCAGGGUAGGCCCCGAUCACUGUGACCGCAAUUGCGGGGCCCGACUGGCCCAAGCCUGACCCUGAUGCUCCAGUGCCACCCGACCCUCCCCGAGCGCGCGCUUGCACACCCAGGCUGCCCCCGGCAGGCAGCGGGAAGCUUCCAGCGAUGUGUGUGUGUUUCCAUAACCCGAGGCUCUGCUGUGUCGUCGUGAACACGUGGCUUCAAUCUGUUGCAGCGUUCACUGGGCAUCAUUGAUGCACUUAUUCCAGCCUCUAACCUGGUCAACUCUACUCCGCCUCACAGGGUUUCUGGGUCCUCCUCUCCUGUACGCCAGGGAGGGCGAGUCUGGCGCUCUUCUCAGUAGACCUUGCCCCAGAGUGUGGGGAGCUUGAAUUGAGCGGGAGUUGGCCAAGAAGCGAAGCAAAACCGUGAGUGGGACCUUAGUACUUCUUCCAUCCGUGCAUCAUUGGGAGCCAUUGCCAUUUCUGGAGGCAGAAGUUUCUGGCGAGCCCUGUGGGGAGGAUCUUGGAUUUGGGAUGUUUUGAAGAGGUUUCAGAGAAGGAAGAUAAAGAGCGUUGUAUUCUGCUGGAGACAAUCCCUGUGAGGACUCCCGCGUGGUCCCGCGCAGGAACACUCGGAGGCACAGAGGAGUUCUGGAAAGAGGCAACGUGCCCGCACAACCCAUGAGCAAGAAGCCAAAUCUUAUUUCUUCCAAAGUGACUAAACCACGGUUUUCCUGCUGCGGUUUGCCAAUAGGACACGGUCUGUUCAGAGUGGGAAUUCCCAGUGAGCUUGGGGUGGGUUAGGGAUGCCUGGAGGGGAGGUUGUGCCUAGCGUAGAGAUUCUGGUGCUGGCUCCCAGGUCCUCUAGGAUCACCUGUAGAAGGACCUGCAGGUUACAGUCUUGAAAGGCAGUUUCAGCUGUCCUGGCAUAAAACUCUUAUUAAAGAAACAACAGCAGAGGGGUAUGAAAGGUGUGAGAAGCAGAUCAGUGGGAGGACAUUUGCAGGCAGAGCAAGAGAAAUUAAAGCCAGCUUGACAGUCCAUUUUUAACUCAGUUCGGGUAGCUGCACUGCCUGAAGGUCAGGUGAGCCAAGGAAGGAGAUGCUGAGAGGCUGGUCUUUGAAGGUCGAUUUCCACUUCUACUUCAAUAAACAGAAUAAUGGAAAAUAAACAAGCCCAUUUAAGCCAAUUAAACAGCGGUGUCAGUGGCUAGUGUGUUCAGGACCAAUGCAUGGGCCUCUGGUCAGGUGUCAGAUGCCAGCUGCCUGGCAGUCAGUCCCCGCGCAGGCAGCAGAGCCUCUUGCCCUUGUCUGGGCAGUAUUACUAAUGAGGCUGCCUCUUCCCUGCCUCCAGGGAGAAUUAUUACAAUUAACAUAAUGAGUGAUCUGAACCAAUACUAGUGAAAUAAAUAAAUUACUCAUUUCCAUUUCCUUGGGGUAUUUAGGCCUAACUCAUAAAUUAAAUGCUCCCAUAGGGCCAGAAAGAUUAUUGGAACUUACAAAAAGUAGUAGUUACUCUUGGCUCACCUGACUAGCUGAAAUCUUGCAAAGCUCUUUGGGAUUUGACUGCAGAAAACAAUUUACCUAUGUACAAAAGACUUCAAAUAAUAUCUUUUUGGCUGAAUGGGCCUUACUAGCAGGGCUUAUAGGGUAUGAGGAAUGAUUGAGGUAAAACAUACACCUGGAAUAGUUAAACGUGUCUGUUUUUAUCUACUUAAAAGCCUAGAAAAUCCAUUCUAUCCCCAGUCUGCCUCUUCACAGGGUUAAACAGAACUGACUACUUUUUUUUAAACUGAAGCCUGGAGAAGAAUUAGGAAAAACUAAGUGCCAUAAUAGUCUAAGUGUGAGGUGACACAGUCUAUCAGCUAUUUUGAAAAUGCUGUGGAUACAGUGAACCAUUUAUCACUGAAAGCUCCUCACAUUGGGGCACUUCAGGUGUUUAGUAAGUGCAGUGAUAAGUUUAUUUUAUUGCUCUUUCACUAUAUCCUCUCACUAAUACUGUAUAAACAGUUUGUGGGGGUGCUUACUGGAAAUAGUCAUGACAAAUAGAAAAUCUAGUCAGUUAAAUAAUUUGAUUUCCUUUCAUACACCAAUGCAUUAUAUUAUAACAAACUAUCCAAAUCAUAAGCAAAGCCUUUAAUUUUUUUUUUUUUUUUUUUUUUUUUGGAGACAGAGUCUUGCUCUGUCACCCAGGCUGGAGUGCAAUGGCGCGAUCUUGGCUCACUGCAACCUCUGCCUCCCAGGUUCAAGCAAUUCUCCUUCCUCAGCCUCCCAAGUAGCUGGAAUUACAGGCACAUGCCAUCACACUCAGCUAAUUUUUGUAUUUUUAGUAGAGAUGAGGUUUCACCAUGUUGGCCAGGCUGGUCUCAAACUCCUGACGUUGUGAUCCACCCGCCUUGGCCUCCCAAAGUGCUGGGAUUACAGGUGUGAGCCACUGCGCCUGGCCGCUUUUUUAUCACUAUGAUUUACUCAUCUACCUUUUUACAAAAAGAAAAUGAGAUCUCAGUAACAACUGGCAGCACUAUGUUCCUCUGAUGUAUAUGAAAUAUUUAAGUUCUAGGCUUCCUCAGGUAUAAGCAGAGUAUUCAUAAUGUCAUCGUUUACAUAAAGUAUAAAUGCACAACACCAGGAAUACUUCAAAGACAAAAAGCAGAAAUUAUGCUUUAAUGUAUUAUUACAGGAAAUGUUGGUAUCUUGUGCAUUUGUGAUUUGGAGCAUUGAAUGUUUAUGACGUUUCACUUGCCAAUUUUCUGUCUUUAUUUGGUAGCAGCCAUUUAUUCUUGAAUCUUAUUAAUACAUUUACAUUCAGUGUAUUGUUUAUUUCAUUUCAUAAACUAUGACACCUGAGCGAAAAUGACUGGGUAUCUUAAUCUGUACAAAUCAGGGAGGACUUACAGGACAUGGAAGCUGAUUUGUACAGUAUCCAAAGUAUCCAUUAGCAAGCAAGCUCAUAGGGUUGUUGUAAGGAUUAAAAGAGAAACCCUUAUAGUCAAUGCUACAUAUUAUUAUUAUUAUUAUUUUUACUUUUUUUUUUUUUAGACAGAGUCUUGCUCGGUCACCAGGCUGGAGUGCAGUGGCAUGCUCUCAGCUCACUGCAACCUCUGCCUCCCGGGUUCAAGCGAUUCUCCUGCCUCAGCCUCCCGAGUAGCUGGGACUACAGGUGAGCGCCACCAUGCCCAGCUAAUUUUUGUAUUUUUAGUAGAGAUGGGGUUUCACCAUGUUGGCCAGGAUGGUCUCGAUCUCUUGACCUCGUGAUCCCCCCGCCUUGGCCUCCCAAAGUGCUGGGAUUACAGGCAUGAGCCACCGCACCCCGUCUUAUCUCUUUUUUAUAAACAAAUAUGAGCUCUUUAAACGCAUACUGUCUCUAGAUUCCCUUGGUUGUGCUAAGUUUGUAUAUUUGGUGUCCCAUGUGAAGUGCUUAGAACCAGACCUGAUACUAAGCAAGAGCUUAAUGGGUGAUAUUAUUAUUACUGCUGUUAUUAUGGUUCUGAAAUUGUAGUUCUCUGGGUCAGUGGCUAAAAGUGGUUGGAGGAAGUAUUGUUAAAGUAUAACAAAAUUUACUCUCUUUCCUGUUUGCAGGAAAUCUGGAAAGUAUUUGCCACUGAUUAGGAAAGCUUUUUUAGUAUAAUACUUCCAUCACUGAAUGGGAAAGCAGGAAGGGGAUCUGCCAAUGAUAUGUAAGAAAAUACUGUGGGUUAAAAAAUUAUCUAGGUGUGAAAUACAGAGUUUUAUGCGUUAACUUUUCUCUAUUAAUUUAGGAAAUUGUUUUCUGGAAAUAAAUAACAUUUACAGACAAUUGAAAGUAUUGAUAGAACCACACAGUUGUUUCAAGCUAUGUAUGACCAUCUAUUAACAUUCUGGGUGAUAAAUUUGGUCAUAAUUUUUAUUUGUCAUUGAGGAUGCACCACCCAAUGAGAUUACCAUUUAAUGAUUAAAUAUCCAAUAUGACUUAUUUUAUGAAAUGAUAUAGCAUUUCCUAUUUAGUAAGGUAACACGGAAACUUAUCUAGUAUAAGACAAAAAUCAGGCCCAAUAUAUAAAAUAAUACAUAAUACUUGCUGUUAAAAGCUGAGAGAAUCUUUCAGUAGUGGAAGGCAUUGCCUCUCUAAAUUUAAGCCGAGAAAUUGUUACCACAGCAACUCGCUUCUUAUGUAGUUGUAUUAUUUUGUUCCCUUCAUAAAAAUUGCUAUGUAUUAUCACUCUGUAAAUAGAGACGAUAUGUUUAAAUGCAUAUAAUAUCUACUUUUCCUUAGUUGUGGAAAAGUUUAUAAUUCAGGUGAGUGACCAUAGCAGAGAAUGUCACCCAGGAACAGGAACAUAGAGUGGGUUCUUGACAUUUGUCUGGGGUACAUCUGACAACCUUUACAAAUUCCAAAUUUGAGAAUACUACUGUGGCACACCAUUUUUCUGGAAUUUCAAUGUGCACCAAGAGGGGAGGAACAUAAAGCUACAUGCUCAUGGAGAUGUUGGGUUCCUCAUUGGUUGCCCUUCCUGUACCAGCCAGCAUCCUAUUCUGGUGGACCAGCCUUGCACAGAGUUUGUCAAUCAAAUUUGUAUCCCAGCAACAUUACACGUUACUUCGUGACAUAAACCUGUGGGGUUGCUCAAGAAGAGAACUGAAUCUGAGAAUGCCUGAGUGACGACUAGAUAUGGAAUUUGGCAGGGUACUGUUUAGAAUGGGAUCUAAUCUCUGUUCUGCAGAUUUAAAGUGCAUUAAGGUUAAAGAAUUUGACUAAGUCACAGAGUGACUCAGUUUUUUCGUCUUCAUGGUGUAGACGUUAGCUGAAUGGACUGUGGAGCCUGACUCCUAGCAGUGGCAUUUACUAGCUAUGUCAACUUGGAUAAGAUACUUGGCAUUUCUGUGCCUCUAUUUCCACCUUUAAAAUGGGAAUUAUGGGGAAGGAAGCGAGAGGGAGAGAUAUGUUAAAGCAGCGAUCCUCAACCUUUUUGGCACCAGGGACUGGUUUUGUGGAAGACAAAUUUUCCUUGGAUGGGGAUGGGGAUGGUUUUGGGAUGAAACUGUUUCACUUCAACUCAUCAGGCGUUAGUUAGAUUCUCAUAAAGAGCACAUAACCUGGACCCCUCCUAUGUGCAGUUCACAAUAGGGUUCACACUCCUACAAGAAUCUAAAGUUGCAGCUGAUCCGACAGGAGGUAGAGCUCAGGUGGGAAUGCGGGCAAUGGGGAGCAGCUGUGAACAUAGAUGAAGCUUCACUCACUCGCCUGCCCCCUGCUCACCUCCUGCUGUGUGGCCGGUUCCUAAUAGGCCAUAGACAGGGACUGGUCCAUGGCCAGGAGGUUGGGGAUCCCUGUGUUAAAGGAUACAAAAUUAUAGCUAGAUAGGGGAAAUCAGUGCUAGGGUUCUAUACCACAGUAGGGUGUCUACAGUUAACAAUAAUAUGUGUUUCAAAUAGCUAGAAGGAGGAUAUUAAAUGCUCCCAACACAGAGAAAUGAUGGCUGUUGGAGAUGCUGGAUAUCCUAAUUUCCCCAAUCUGAUCUCUAUACAUUGUAUGUAAUAAAACAUUACUAUGUACCCCAUGAAUAUGUACAAUUAUUAUUUGUCAACUUAAAAAAUGUCAAAAACCAUACUAAAUAAAUAAAAUGGGAAUUAUAAUUUUACCUUAUAUGGCUGUAGUGCGAACUCAACGAGUGAAUGCAUAAUGUACUCAAUAAAUGUUAGCCAUGAUCA